UGGUCGGCUUUAUCUAUCCCGUCGGUUUCUCCUUGCCGAGAAAGGUUUUUGAAUGCACUGAUCAUGUAUACGGUAUCCAAGGGUCCUAGCAAAAUUGUCGCCAAGACGAGGCGAGGAAUUAAUCAAAAUCUUGAAAGACUAGAAAACCUUAGAGACUUGUCUCGCAAAAGUGAUCCUGAGGAGGACACCUCUGAAGAGGAUAAAAUCAAUCGCAAUGUUCCCAAACCAGUUUUCUACACAAAUGGAAAGCUGAAACCUAGCCUUCAGAGGCAUAGAACAAGACAAGAAGUUAUCACACCACAGCACGAAGAGUUAAUCAAGUUUGUUUGUGACUCUUGGAAUCAGAUCAAUGCCAGGCAGAGAUGUUCAUCUUCGGAUGAUUCAGAUCAGUAUGAGUCUUCCACAAAUGAAACGAUAGUUUACUAUAAUGAUGGGGAGCCUAAUUACGUUUUACAAGACUUCAAACCGUUCGAUCUGGAAUCAUGGUGGGGCAAAAGACUGUUUAACAACAUCACAAAAUCCCUCUGAACAACGAGGCCAAAACGCUGAAGCCUCUCUAAAAGAUAUAAAUAUGGUGUCUCCUUGUGUGUGCGGAGGGUGCAUUUUCACUUCUCGCGGAGUGAUUGCCGACUCGACGCCGGAUUAACGUUGCCGAGUAGACAAUAAUAGUUAUGUGCUCUACCGUGCGUGCGCGCGCUGGCAUAGCAAGCCGCCGCCGCGCCGUGUGUGUUGAUGAACUUUUAACGUUAUUAAACGUGAUUAUUCGUGCGAGCUGAGAAAAUGCCUAUUAUAUUUGAGAAAGAGGAGUAUGUCCGUGCGGUUGGGAUACGAUGAGUGCGCGCUGCAUAUAUCAUACACACACACAUACGCGUAUGGUCCUGUAUCGUUUAUUAGUAGUUUGAUUAUUUUCUAUGAUAUAUGAAUAUCGGUCCUUCGAUCAAAUGGAUCUCGGAGCAGAAAACAAAUUGUUACGCUAAUUUGUAUUCAGUCACUCGAACGAUUUCUCUCUCUCUCUCUCUCUCUCUCUCUCUCUCUCUCUCUCUCUCUCUCUCUCUCUCUCUCUCUCUCUCUCUCUCUCUCUCUCUCUCUCUCUCUCUCUCUCUCUCUCUCUCUCUCUCCUCUCCUCAUAAGGACAUCAGUUUCACUCGUUGCUUUUGAGUGACAUUUUUUAAAAGUUAUUAAAAAUAAAAAAAUUAAAAAAUAUAAAAAUAUGUUAUCGUUGUACUUUGUUAUACCAGGUAAAACUGAUGCUCCACUCUCUGGAUACUUUUCAAAUGGUAAAAAAUCAUGAUUGCUCGAGUGAAUGGUAAAAAUAAUGCGAAUGAACUUUCGAAAGCCUCUUAGCAAAAACUCGUUAGACUGAUAUAACUUAAGAUUCUAGUUAUUGUUUAAAACUAUGCGCAAGUUUAUAUACACGUAUAUGCAUUAAAUCGUCGCUGAUGCCCAAUCUUAUACAGCGAUAUGAUUAAAAUAAAACCUUAUAUAUGCGCAACUAACAAAAAAGAGGAAUACAAGAGUUCAAUGCGAACAAAAAUUCAGUGCCACUAUGAUUACUCUUUUUGUCCUCGAAUACGAUCUUCGUUGUACUCCCAUACGGUACUUUCAUACACUUACAGAAGUUAUAGUUCGUCUCUAACUGCAGUUUAAACAAGUGGCGCGUAGUCGAAGUGUAGUGCAAUAUGUAAAUACGUUUGGCACAUCCAGCCGAAUGUUAUUAGAUGUUUAAAGAAUAUACAUAUCUUUACAUAAUUUUUUCUUCUUUUUUUAUCUUUCCUCAA